AGGAGAGAGGAGAAAGAGGUCAGAAUCUCGGUUCUCAUCACAUUGGAGCCACCAAGAGAAAAGCUUCAGGUCUGCAGCAUCAUCAAGUCAUGACUGUGGGGCUAAGGUCUUUGAUUAAAUAUUGGUGUAAAAGUGAGAAAAUUUCAACUCAAUAAAGCGCAUAAACUCCAAAACUGACUAUUUUUUUCUAUUUAUAUCAUGUUUAAAGGUGUUUUUCAAGCAGAAAUAGAAAAUCAUUUGUUGUUAUUUGUGAUGGAAUGAUACAUAUUUUCAUCAUCUCUAAAACUCCUGCUUCCCUCCAUCAUUACUCCUCAGGUCCAACAGGAACCAAAAGUUUUUAGAUCAUUUUUUAGCUUCAUCCAAGAAAAUACCCCCUAACUACCAUUAUUUUAAUCCAUCUGAAUGGAUCUUUUUGGACCUGUCGUGCGCGCCUCCGCAUCAGCACACAAAUUCGCUCAGGCAUCCUCUUUGUGCGCCCUCCCUCUUCGUGUGGGGGCUCCGCGUCUGCGCAUUUAUCUCCUUCACCGUAUUUCGAUUUUACGCGCAGAAUCAUUAAGCUUCAUUUUUCUGCAAAACGCUGUCAGUCUUUUUUCUGUGCUUCAGCUCGCCUCGGUGUCAUUUUUUACCCUUCCCAUCAUCCACCUCGUCCUUCUUCUUUACCAGUGGAGUUGGUGAGCGGCACACCCCCGGCCUGACCCCGGCCUAACAAAGCCAACUACUAGUCACUGUCUGGCAUGCUUUUAUCCCUUUGUUUCUCGCGUGGCCUCGCUGACCGGCCGCGGUUUUUGUUGUCCAUCCUUUGAGCGGCCACAAGGCCAAAUAUGGCUCCACGGUUUUUCAAUAUGGACCAGAUUAAUUUUUCAGCUCACGCCAUCUGUGGGAGUCGAAAAAAGAAGUCCAGGCAGCUCGGAGUGAUAAAUCAGGGGCUGCUGUGCGUAAAGACGGGAUGAGAGGAUGGACAGACACGCGGACAGAUUAAUGAUUUACUGCGUUUUCUUGAUAGCUUUUUGUCAGCGUCCACAAACGUUCAAUUACGGCCAUUUUCCCAGCGAGCAGAUCUCCAUUAGCUCCCUGAUGAACAUUUUUUUGUCCUCCAAAUUAUCCCAUUACAUCUGACAUAAACAACCCAACGUGCCGCCUCUCAUUGGCUGGCCGCAGGGUCACAUGACCCACACGACCGUCCGUCUAUUUGACAGCCGCAGGAUGGCUUGAUGCCAGAGGGGGAAAAAGGGACAGAGAGAGGGGAGAGAAAGAAAAAUUAGUAUUCUCCUACAAGCCUCUCUAUAAAUCAAUCAUGGAGUCGUACGUGGUGAGCUGUAAAUACGCAGAGCCGCAGUUCCCGCCAUGUGAAGAAGAUUACAGUAAUUUUAGUGACCAAGGGGGGUAUUACAACAGCCCGCAGGACAGUGGUAAUUACGGAGGGGGCUAUCAGCCGAUGCAGCCCCCUCCGCCUCCGUACACACCACAACAAACCGGCUACUCUCUGCAGGGGCACCGCGCGCAGGAUGGAGAGGAGCUGCCGCGGCUCCCAGGUGCCCCCUACCCCAGCUACAGGGAGGCGGGCGCCCCCGAGAAGGAGACGUUCCCCGCCGCCGAUCUGCAGUGCCAGGCCUGGAUGACGUGCGCCAAGAGCGCCCAGGUGCAGAGGAAAGCGGCCUGCCAGGGCAAAGACAAGCCGCCCAUUGUGGUGUACCCGUGGAUGAAGAAAGUGCACGUCGCCCACGUCAAUCCUAAUCACGUCGGUCCGGAGCCUAAGCGCCUGCGGACGGCGUACACGCGCCAGCAGGUUCUGGAGCUCGAGAAGGAAUUCCACUUCAGCCGCUACCUCACGCGCCGCCGCCGCGUGGAGGUGGCCCACGCGCUCUGCCUGUCCGAACGGCAGGUGAAGGUGUGGUUCCAAAAUCGGCGCAUGCGCUGGAAGAAGGACAACAAGCUACCUAACACGAAAGGAAGGAGCAAAAACAAGAAAACGGCGGACAACAGCAACAGCAGCGGCGGCGGCGAGCACGUGAAGGCCGUGAUCACCGCGUGAGCGCCUCCUCCAGAGCGCGCCGCUGCGGGUCGAUCCGCGUCCUGAAACAAUUUGCUUUUAUUUUGAGACAUGUCGAUGCUCUCAAUCCGGUUCCAGAGGUCACAGACGCGCCUGCAUCCACGCUCCG